GUGCUAUUCAACUAAAAAACUGGAAGCCCCUGACGUUCGAUCAAAUCACAGAAUCCCCAGAAGCUACGGUGGGAGACAUUCUUGGUGAAUUAUCCACGGUAGCAACUCUUCGGAUACGAUUAUAUAGUCGGCCGAAGCAACACGGUGCCAAUGACGUUAAAGAAAAAUUGUUACAAGUUCUCUUGGCCCAAUCACAGAACUUAUUGAUCAGUUCCGGUUGCCCCAUCGACCAGGUGAGUAGCGUUCUCGCGGCUUUAACCAAAGGCCGUCUCGAUUGUGAUAUUCCUGAAGAAACGCGGAAAAAGUUUGAUCAGUGGUAUGUUCAACAGUUUUUCCAGCAUUGCCGGCAAGUAGCGUUGCUUCAGCAGCAGCAGCAACAGCAGCAGCAGCAGCAACAACAACAGCAACAGCAACAUUUGCAUCAUCAUCAUCCUCAUCAUCCCUCAAUGGUUCCGUCUAGUGAACCUAUAACAGUGUCGGGUAGUCCUCCUCAUACACCUCAAGAUCUAGUUGCGCGGGUGGCAAUAGCUGGACCACAGUCACAAGGUCGCACCCGUAUUCGAACUUCAUUCGAUCCUGAGCUCGAGCUUCCUAAAUUGCAUCGAUGGUUUGCUGAAAAUCAGCAUCCAUCACGUUUGCAGAUACAGCAAUAUGUGAGGGAACUAAAUUCGUUAGAGUCCCGAAGAGGUAGGAAACCUUUGGAUGUAAACAAUGUUGUGUACUGGUUCAAGAAUGCGCGAGCAGCCCAUAAGCGGGCUGAGCAGAAAUGUUGCUCUGAGAGCAAUGGCGUACGCAGUCCUUGUCCUGAAGCUGGAGGUGAAAGCCGAUCCUUAGUUUCCGACUCCAACGUUGGACGACCACCUAAUGAAAACGAAGGCGAACGUUUUAGUGGUGGCGAGAGUCAUUCAGAGUCACAGGCAAACAGUUCUGAUGACUCAGACAAUGUUCAUACACUUGACCUUUCUGUCCGCCGGUGUCAUAGUUAUGGUCUGAUGGGCGAAACAGACCAUAGUGAACCUCAGGUUGAACUCAGGAUCAAAGAAGAGCCAAAGGACUCGAAUAGUGAACAUUCCAUUGAAUCGAGUGAUAGUGGUGAUGAGGAAGUCGAUGUCAUGGAGGAUCUAAACAUGAUAACUGAUGAACCGGAAAAUAAAGAAGGGUACAGUGAUGUCAUGCAACAGAACGGUGGUGUACCUGGAAAUGAGAAUAUGAUGUCUCAUGACGGGGAUCCUGACCGUCAGGGUGGAAAUUUUCCCGCCCGUGUCUUGGGCCGUUUAGAGGAACGGAGAAAACGGAAUCGAACCUUUAUCGAUCCCGUUUCCGAGGUUCCGAGACUGGAACAAUGGUUUUCCGCAAACACCCACCCCUCUCAUAGCCAGAUUGUUCGCUUUACACAAGAACUGAACAGUAUGCAAUACAGGCGGAAAUUCCCAAAGCUUGAACCUAAAAACAUUCAAUUUUGGUUCAAGAACAGGCGGGCCAAAUGCAAAAGGUUGAAUUUAGCAGCCAAUUUGCAAAAUAUUAGCUGUACAGACAAAAUGAUAUUACCAGCCAAUUAA